CCUUCACAGCCACCACAAAAACAACCUCUACAACCACAACAACUGCACCUGCCUUUGUUGACAACCCCGAUAUCUCUAUAAGCGUCAUAAUGUCCUCCACAACAAGCCUGGCCCUGGCCGUGGCCCUCGCCGUGACCGUGGCCCUCUCCAUGCCCCUCCUGGCCACCGCCGCCCCCGCCGCCGCCGCCCUCGCCGCCGCCGCCCCCCAGCCCGUCAUCGCCAACGGCAGCAGCGUGGCCGUGGCCCCCCUGGCCGAGCCGUUCUUCUUCUGCUGGGUGGACGCCGCCGCCGCCGUGCAGGAGGUGGAGUGGCGGGACGCCGCCGACAAGCCGCUGCCGUCGUGGACGCCUGGCGCCGACGCCUUCCAGCUGGGCCGCGGCCGACACCUGCCUCACGCCUACCUGGUGCUGGCCGACUUCCGGCAGGACCUGGCGGGCGUGUACACCUGUGUGGCGCGCGGCGAGGCGGGGGUGGAGGGGCGCGCCAGCGUGGCCGUCAGCCUGGACGACGCGGCGCCCUGGGCACGGCGCUGACCUCAGCACCGCGUCAGCGUGGCCGUCAGCCUGGACGACGCGGCGCCCUGGGCACAAUAUUUUCAUCGUCAUCAUCAGCCUGUCCACACGCCGCCGCCCCUGCCGUGGCCACACACCCACACGCCGCCGCCCCUGCCGUGGCCACACACCCACACGCCGCCGCCCCUGCCGUGGCCACACACCCACACGCCGCCGCCCCUGCCGUGGCCACACACCCACACGCCGCCGCCCCUGCCGUGGCCACACACCCACACGCCGCCGCCCCUGCCGUGGCCACACACCCACACGCCGCCGAGCUCCACGAAAUGUUCACAUUAUUUCAUUGUAUUUCAUUACAUUUAUUUAUUCAUUAUUUAUUGUAUUGCUGUUCAUUGCCAACGCUUAACUACAGUAUUUAUUGA